UAUACAGUUUUUCUUUUCUAAUAUAUUUUUUUUUUUCAGUCUGCCCCAUCUCUAUAUGGGUCCGCCCCUUAUUAUUAUUAUUAUUAUUAUUAUUAUUAAUACAAAGAAAGAGAGCAUUGAAGUCAAUGCUUUACAUAUCUUUGGUUUUCUUGUGAAACGAAAACGAAAGAGAAAUUUAAGAAAAAGAAAAAUCAAUGGCUGGUUCUCAAUGCUGCUCUAAUCCACCAACUCUGGACCCAAACAGCGGAUUAGGCUUCGUUGAGGAAUUGGGUGGCCUCAAAACCUACAUCUCCACCUCUUCCUCUGAUCACUCCAAAGUUGCUGUUCUCCUCAUCUCUGACAUUUUUGGAUAUGAAGCCCCAAACAUAAGGUUGAUUGCGGACAAGGUUGCAGCUGCUGGAUUCUAUGCUGUGGUUCCUGACUUCUUCUAUGGUGACCCUUACAAUAUUAAUGGAGAUAAUAGGCCUUUACUAGAAUGGCUAAAAGAUCAUGGAACAGACAAGGGAGUUGAAGAUGCAAAACCAGUAGUUGAAGCUCUCAAAUCCAAAGGCUUUUCUGCAAUUGGGGGUGUUGGUUUCUGCUGGGGUGGCAAGGUUGUGACUGAACUUGCAAAGUCAAAAUCUAUUGAAGUUGCUGUUCUGUUACAUCCUUCUCUUGUCACUUUGGAUGAUAUAAAGGAGGUUAAUAUUCCCAUUGAGAUAUUGGGGGCUGAGAUUGAUAAUUUUACACCACCAGCUCUCAUUGAACAAUUUAAGGAGAUCUUAGCUACUAAACUACCUCAGGUUGAGAGCCAUGUUGAGAUUAUCCCAAAGGUUGAACAUGGUUGGACAGUGAGGUACAACUUGGAUGAUGAAGCAGCAUCAAAAUCUGCAAAUGAGGCCCAUUCCAAAAUGUUGGAUUGGUUCUCUAACUAUCUUAAGUACUGAUUAAUAAUUAAUUUUCAGCUUUCAAAUAAAGUGUGUUCUAAAAUUAUGUAUCAAAAUAUUAUACACUGUUAUUUAUCAUUUUGUUUGAAUUUAUUGUUAAAUUUUAUAAAAUUUUAAAUAAUUUAUCGUGCUGAAAA